GUUGUCAUUCACAUUCCAGAGUUGGAAACGUUGGAGACGUUGGAAAGGUAUCCUCCCCCUCUUUUUACUUAACUCUGUACACAUUACUUACGUUCUUAUAUUACUAAGAAAAACAGUGAUAUAAUUUAUUUAAAAUAUAUUUAUACAUAUUUAAUAACCAAAACAUCUAGUUCAAUUGAGUUUAAUUAUCGUCUAAAUAGAACACCAAGUGAUACUAGCUAGUAAUUGUUAAUUUAUUAUUAUUGUUAGAUCACAUAGAUACUUACACAUAGAUAUAUAUGUAUAUAAUUUUUUUUAUAUAUUCACACUUGUGUGGAUAAUUUUUUAACAUAGAAGAAUCUAAUAAAAUAAAUUGCUUUGCCUUCUAUAUUAUAAUUUAUAUGAGGAUAUUUGGUAAGCAAAUAUGAGCGACAGAUGAGUAUAAAUUUGAUAAAUAAUUUAUCAAUAAAAUCAAACUGGAAUUUUGGCUUAAAAGCCAUCAUCAUUCUAUCAGCAUUUGAAUUGGAUUUAAAUUUUAAAAAAGUGAGUUCCGAUAAUAAAAUUAUAUCUACCGACGAGCUGGCGCUUUUAGGAAAGCUGGAAGAAGCUAACAGGCUGAUUGAAUCAGAUGUAAAAUCAUGUAACUCAUUACAAAGUAAUCACAGCAGAAAGAGCUCAGAAUCAUUUCAAGCAACCCCGGCGUCGGGUUCUAGCGGAGAAGAUGAGACCGCGGCCCGACGCCACACCCCGACUGACGGGGAGGUCGACGUGUGGAAACGAUGGGGUCACAUAGUCGCCGACUGGGAAAAUUACUGGAGAAAACAUAAAGAUGUUAUAAAAGAAUUAGUCAAGCAGGGAAUACCACAUCACUUUAGAGGUAUUGUAUGGCAAUUGUUGUGUGGAGCGCAUGAUUCACCGGUUAAAAAACAAUUUGCCGAAUACAUUAAAUCGACAUCAGCAUGCGAGAGAAUAAUUAGAAGAGACAUCGCACGAACAUAUCCGGAGCACGAAUUUUUCAAAGAGAAAGAUGGACUUGGACAAGAGAGUUUAUUUAAUGUUAUGAAGGCGUACAGUCUUCAUGAUCGCGAAGUCGGGUAUUGUCAAGGAUCUGGUUUCAUUGUUGGUUUACUGCUUAUGCAGCAAAUGCCUGAAGAAGAAGCUUUCGCUGUGUUAGUAGCUCUGAUGCAGGAAUACCGUCUAAGAGAUAUGUUCAAGCCGAGUAUGGCUGAAUUAGGUGUCUGCAUGUAUCAAUUAGAACACUUAGUAACAGACACGUACCCCGAAUUAUCAGCUCACUUUACAGCUCAAAGUUUUCAUACAUCAAUGUAUGCUUCUUCAUGGUUUCUUACAUUAUUUACAACGGCAUUGAGUCUACCACUCGCUUGUCGUAUUUUUGAUGUUUUUUUAAUGGAAGGAAUGGAUAUUAUUUUUAAAGUUGCGUUGGCGAUGUUAGACCUUGGUAAAGAUGAUUUACUCAGUUUAGAUAUGGAAGGAAUGUUAAAGUUUUUCCAGAAAGAAUUGCCAGGUAGAGCUGAAAAUGAUCCAGACGGGCUGUUAAAUUUGGCGUAUGGAAUGAAAAUAAAUCCAAAGCGAAUGAAAAAGUUAGAAAAAGACUACACGGUAUUGAAAAUGAAGGAACAGGAGGAAAUGGUCGAGCUGCGGAGGCUGAGAGCAGAAAAUCGAUUAUUGAGACAGAGAACCGAGUUAUUGGAAGCUGAGUCUGCUGAAUUGGCGGACAGACUCGUUAGGGGUCAAGUAUCGCGUGCCGAGGAGGAGGAAACAACUUUUGUAGUACAGAGAGAACUUGCGGCUUUGAGACACACUCAUCUUGAGACAAGCCAUCAACUGGAGCAGGCUCACGAGGAAUUGAGAUCAUUGUCGAUGCUAUUGGAAGAAAAUAUGUCGUCGAAACAGUCGUCUAUUGAUGAAAUGAGUAUGAAACAAGAGGCAUUGUCGCAAAAAGAGGAAAUGGUUGAGUGUUUACAGCAAGAGCUGGUGCGUGUGAGGCUCCAUGAAGCUGAAAAAGACGCGACUAUCAGGGAUUUAAGAGGAAGGAUACAGGAAUUGGAACAAGACAAAAAAACAUUACGUGAAUCAACGCCGGAUAAUUCUGUUGCGCAUUUGCAAGAGGAAUUGAUAGCUGUUAAACUUAGAGAAGCUGAAGCUAAUUUAUCACUAAAGGAUCUUAGACAAAGAGUUGGCGAACUCAGUAGUGCAUGGCAACGUCAUUUACAAGAACACAGAUCAGCUCAAUCGACACCUGCUGCUGAUUCUACACCAAAAAAAUUACUGUUCUGGGAAAACCGUGGUCACGAAAUACAAAAAUUAGAGGAAGAUUUAAUGUCAACGCGCGUACGUGAAAUGGUUGUUCUCAGUGAAGUUAAGGAAUUGAGGCUAAAAGUUAUGGAGCUUGAAACCCAAGUUCAAGUUGCGACAAAUCAGCUUCGUCGUCAGGAUGAGGGUGAAAAACUGAUACGCGAAGAAUUGGAAAUAUCAUCGGCUAAAAUAAAAGAAUUAACGAGUAAACUGCGUGAGCAGAUGCAUAAGUAUUCCGACUUGGAGUCGAAAAUGAAGGACGACGCAAUGAUGGCUCGUAUCAGAGACGCUGAACACGCUCAACAUGUCGCUGAAUUGACACAAAAAAUUUCUCUGCUCGAAUUGAAGAACGAGGAAAUGUAUGCGGAAGGGGAAUUGAGAAGUAAUCUAGAUGACAGUGAUCGAGUACGCGAUUUGCAAGACAAAGUUGCUGAAUUGAAGGCAGAGAUCAUGAGAUUGAAGAAUAGUAAAUAUCAGUGGACAGGUUCAACAGAACAAAUAGGAAGAAAUACUAGUAUUGAUACCGACAGCGAAUUUGAUGAACGUGAUCUACGAAUCUGUCUUCAAGAUCAACUUAAUAAUAUCACGAUAUCCGAUUCACCGAGAAAUUAAUUUUUAAGAUUUAUUAUUAUUAAGAACAUAUGUAACAUCAAAGAUAGUAAUUGUAUACUUUGAUGUUAGUAUAGUUUAAGAACAUUCUUAGACAGUGCCCACUUUUUAAAAAUAUUCAAUAAUUUCCAACUGUCAUAACGUUAUUAAAAUUUUAUUGCCAACAUAGACGCCGAUAAUUGUCGCCGACAUAUAGAAUUUAAAAAAAGUUAUUUAUAAUUGUCAUGAAUUAGGAGUCAAACGAAAUUUUCUUCCAUUAAUGACAGCUCAAAAUCAUUGAAUAGUUUUAAUAAAACUGGGGAGUAAUGUCUGAGAAUGUUCUUAAUUUUUAAAAGUUAAUAGGACGCGUGUAUAUGGCACACAAUACAAAGUAUUGUAUCAAUGGCACUUAGUGUUUUUAGCGUAACAAAAAAAAAUUUAAUUGCAACAAAUAAUUUUAAAAAUUUGACGAACAAAAUUCGAUAACUGAACCUAGUGAUUGGGAUACUUAAAAAAUAUUAUUAUUGAACUUAUUUUAUUUUAUUAUUGUUUUUUUUUCUUUUAAUUCUAUUGUUUUAAAUAAAAACUAUAGUUCGUUAGACAUUUUGUUAUACAAUGUCAAUUGCAUUUAAAUGAAAUUUUUUAUAUAUACAUACAUAUAAAUAAUAUAUUAUAUAAAAUAUAAAUUCAAAUACAUUCUAUAUUAUAUUUAAAUAAUUUAACUAUCCUUUUUAAAAAAGGGGCCAAUUAAUUGUUUAUCGAUUUAUAUUUAAAUUUAAAAUGACAAAAGAAAAAAAAAAUAUGAAAGAAACUAACGGCAAUUAAUUAUGUGCUCAUUUAAUCAUCUUCCGCUAUUUUAUAAAUUACUUACAGUAUUUUAUUUAAAAGCAAUUAUAUUUAUCAGUUUUAUUGUCUAUUUAAAUAGAUGAGUAUAAAAAAU